AUGGUCAUUUUUAUGCCAUACUAUCGCCAGCGUGGGCAGAGUCUUCAUUCCAACACGCGUACACGUCCGUCAACAUCGUUAGCAAAUGGACAGAAUACUUCUGCAGCGACUAUUCGAAUGAAUCGUUGUCGAUUUAUAUCUAACAUUCUCUGCCGAUUCAUCUGCUCACUUUUCCUAUUGACUAUCGCACUUUUUCUCUUUCAACUGUCGAUCGACAAUACUUCUAAUCAGAAAGAAGGAUCCAAUAUUAUUGCUGCUAUUCUACUAACAAUCGCAAUCAUUUCCUUCAUACGAACGUGUCAAAAAUUAAGGCGAUACUAUAUCAUUUUAGAUACAAGACGUCGACUGAUACAGAGAUUACGUGAACGGCAGCAAGCAUAUGAAUUGGCUCUUGCGUUAAAUAAUAGUGAAAAUGCUGAAUUUCUUCGAAAUAUUCCUAGUGAUCUUCCGUCAUACAAAGAACUAUUUCCUUCCCAGCCAGAUCUGCGUGACACUGGCGCAGAUUCCUCGUUAUCGUUACCGCCACCAUCCUAUGACGACUUCGUCGAAACACUUGUUAUUCCUCAUUCUGGUGCGCGUCUUCCGAUUACCGCUCAUCCUAUUUCAUUAGCGAAUACAUCUUCGCCGCUCUCAUCUUCUCAAAUAACAACUAAUGCUAAUCGAUGUCUAUGGAUUACUGAUCAAGCACGAAGACCCCUUUGUAUUCGCGGUUCUGUUACAUAUGUGUAG